UAGUGGGUACCUACCUUGCAACUACUCUGCACUAGACUAGCCACGUUGCUGGGCAGCAUUCGGCCGGAGACGCGGACGUACUGUGGACAAGGACCACUGGCGAUCGCACUUUCAUUGAGAGAAUGGAUCCCUAGGGCCGUUAGGAAACUCGAAGCUUCAAUUGCUUUCAACUCAAGCGCGAUUGUUUGGUUUACUUUCCGCUUGGGUCGUAGUUACCUUAUAAAAAGCCCCCUCUUCCACCGCCGCUCCUUUGCAUUCUUUCAACUUACAUCAUCGACCUGAUUCUGUUCAAGGCCUUAAAGAGUGCUCUAAUUGAUUCAAUAUCACUCAGCAUAUUCAUCUAGCUUCUGAUCCUCACUUGAUUUUCGAUAUCCUGCACUCAUCAUGAAGACCUCUGUGUCUCUUCUUUUGCUGUCGGCUGCCAGCAUGGCGAGCGCUGCCAUGUCUUUCUCCCAGUGCGCACAAAUGUGCCUCAGCAACAUGAAAGCCAAGGCUGGCGAGCUGGGCUGUACCGCCGGCGACGAUAACUGUCUCUGCACAAAAGUCAACUACGGAUAUGGUAUUCGUGAUUGCACUACCGAGGCCUGCCCUGGCGAGGAUGCCGCCGCGGUCCUAUCCAGCGCCCUUUCCUCUUGCCCGAGUGACUCUGCAGCUGUCACUGCCACAGGAGCUGGUGGUUCUGGCUCUGGCUCUGGCUCUGGUUCUAACUCCGGCUCUGGCUCUGCCUCCGGCACUGGCACUGGCUCUGCCUCUUCCACCGCUACUAGCACCGCUACCGGCAGCGACAACGGCACGACUGGUGGUGCUGGCGCUGGCGCUGGUUCCUCCACUGGCACCAACGCUUCGGGAACUGGCGCUACUACCUCUGGGGCGAACCCCUCCAACACUGGUGCCACCACCACAGACACAACAAUGACUACUACUACUACCAGCUCUGAGAACGGCUCCUCCACUGGCAGCAGUUCCUCCGAGUCUGGGGCUGGUAGCGGCUCUUCCACCUCUACCGGCUCUGGCUCCGGCUCCGGCUCCACUUCCACUACUGCCCCCAACAGCUCGUCCACGGGCAAUGUUGCCCCUCGCGGCGCUAUCGUUGGUUCCGGUGCCGUCGGAGCCCUGGCCCUCGCUGCCUUGGUUAUCCUCUAAACCGCUCAAAGAUUGAGUUGAUGGGAAUAGGUUUGCUGAUGUCAGUGUAUGUCUUAUGUCGAUGAAUAACGGUUGAUGAUACCUGCCGUCAAAGCCGGAUUGUACAUGGGAAUUGGUGGGUUCUGAUCUGAUGAGUAAAUAAUGUUUUGACCUUUUCUGAUGCGCUGGUAUAUGUCGUGCUCUCCUAAUAUAUUAAUAUUUCUGAAC